CAUCCGCUCAAACAACCUCAUCAAAACUACUUUCUGGUCAGAGAGAAGCAAUAAUUAUUAUUAACAUUUAUUAACGAUCAAUAAACUUGAUUGCAUUAUGGCCAGCACUAUUAAGGAGGCCUUAUCAGUUGUGAGUGAGGACCAGUCACUAUUUGAGUGUGCCUACGGAACGCCACACCUGGCUAAGACAGAGAUGACUGCAUCCUCUUCCAGUGACUAUGGCCAGACAUCCAAGAUGAGUCCUCGGGUCCCUCAGCAGGACUGGCUGUCUCAACCCCCAGCGAGGGUCACCAUCAAGAUGGAAUGCAACCCUAGCCAGGUGAAUGGUUCCAGGAACUCGCCCGAUGAAUGCAGUGUGAGCAAAGGUGGGAAGAUGGUGGGCAGCCCUGAUACUGUGGGGAUGAGCUACGGCAGCUACAUGGAGGAGAAGCACAUGCCACCACCCAACAUGACCACAAACGAGCGCAGAGUGAUCGUCCCUGCAGAUCCUACUCUAUGGAGCACAGACCAUGUCCGACAGUGGUUGGAGUGGGCAGUGAAGGAGUACGGCCUUCUGGACGUGGACGUCUUAUUAUUUCAGAAUAUUGACGGAAAGGAGCUGUGCAAGAUGACAAAGGAUGACUUCCAGAGGCUCACUCCAAGCUACAACGCAGACAUCCUUCUCUCACAUCUCCACUACCUCAGAGAGACUCCCCUUCCACAUUUGACUUCCGAUGACGUGGAUAAGGCUUUACAAAACUCUCCACGGUUAAUGCAUGCUAGAAACACAGGGGGUGCAGCUUUUAUAUUCCCAAAUACUUCAGUAUAUCCCGAAGCUACGCAAAGAAUUACAACUAGGCCAGAUUUACCUUAUGAGCCUCCCAGGAGAACAGCCUGGACCGGCCAUGGCCACCCCGCCCCCCAGUCCAAAGCUGCUCAGCCAUCUCCUUCCACAGUGCCCAAAACUGAAGAUCAGCGUCCUCAGUUAGAUCCUUACCAGAUUUUGGGACCCACCAGCAGCCGCCUUGCUAAUCCAGGUAGUGGCCAGAUCCAGCUGUGGCAGUUCCUGCUAGAACUCCUAUCUGACAGCUCGAACUCCAACUGCAUCACCUGGGAAGGUACCAACGGGGAAUUCAAGAUGACAGACCCUGAUGAGGUGGCACGGCGCUGGGGGGAGCGGAAGAGCAAGCCCAAUAUGAACUAUGAUAAACUCAGCCGCGCCCUCCGCUACUACUACGACAAGAACAUCAUGACCAAAGUGCACGGGAAGCGCUAUGCCUACAAGUUUGACUUCCACGGGAUCGCGCAGGCCCUGCAGCCCCACCCUCCCGAAUCAUCCCUGUACAAGUACCCCUCUGACCUCCCAUACAUGGGCUCCUAUCACGCCCACCCCCAGAAGAUGAACUUUGUGGCUCCGCACCCUCCAGCCCUCCCAGUCACAUCGUCUAGUUUCUUCGCGGCCCCAAACCCGUACUGGAAUUCACCAACUGGGGGCAUUUACCCGAACACUAGGCUCCCGGCCAGCCAUAUGCCGUCUCACCUGGGUACUUACUACUAGAGACCAGAGGGAGGCCUUUCCCAACAGUGUACAAUCACCUAGCAGUCACCACAAGCUCAGAGAACACACAUCGGAAGUGCCUCAUGAGGAAUGAAAAAGGUUGACCAGAGCUGGGGAAGGAAGCUGGAAACCAAAGACUCACAGGGGAGGGUGGGCGUCACCCAAGUAUUACUACAGAAAUAGAGGAAGCUCAAAAUAUAAUGUACAUGGACGUAUAACCUGUGGUCCCCCCUUGUCAAAGACAUUGUAUGUAGAAAAGCAUGACAUGAUAAGGACAAACUGCCAAAGAAAGUGGCCUUAAGUAGUGUACAAAGUGUAGAGUGUGGGACCUUGCUUGUACCAACCAGGACUCAGUGAAAGCACUAGAGAUAACAGUCACACAGUCUUGGCCUAACAUACCAUUUAGAAUGUCAUUUGAAGGGAAACUACCUGUGUUUAGAAACAUAUCAAAACGAAGUAAGACAAGAAAGAUUGCAGCCCCUCCACAAACCACACUGUGGAUUUUCUUGGCUGGCAUUUGCUGUUUGGGAUGAAGUCAGAUUCUUUCCAUUUGAUAGAGAGAUACCAGGUCUGUCAAACUGUGAAGAUGACCCAAAGUCUCAUCUCCUUUUCAGUAUUAUGAGAACUGUGAGCCAUGUGGUGGGCAGGGCACGUGUCUGGUGUGUGAGUAUGUGAUUAUAGAAAAAAAUGAGAGAGGUGGAAGUAGAGGAGGAGGGGUUGUGGGAAGGAGUGGAGGAGAAAGAGAGGAGGAGGAAGAAGAGGAGGAUAAAGAGGAGGAAAGGAACAGAAGGCAAUUACUCAAGCCAUCAAAGCUGAAUGUAGGACAUCUUGGGACCAAAGAGCAUGAAUCGUGAUGUUUGAUGCUGUCGGUGUUGAAAGAAAGUUCACAGUUUUAUGGAGGACUGGGAGCAGUAGUAUUCAAAACCAAAAAUAUGUCUCUGUGAAAAGAAAGUUGUAACUGGAAUUGUCUAAUAUUCAAAAAAAGUUCAGGACCUCUGCAUUUGGUGGAGGCUUUGUCCUUCAUGGGAGCAGUCGAGAGGCGACCUGUGUGGCCGCCACAGUCAGAGAGACCAAGCAGGCAUUGUGGGUAGGUGGGCUCCAGUUUUCCUUAAUGAGUCGCGAACGCUGUGCGUUCGUCAGAACGAAGUCUACAAGUCAAUGGGUUUUUUCUUUUUAUAUAAUAAUUAUAUAACUUAUGCAUUUAUACACUACGAGUUGACCUCGGCCAGCCAAAGACACACCACACACAAAAAAGGAGACAAUCAAUGAUAUGAUGUGGCCUUGAAUUUUAACUCUGUAAUGCUUAAUGUUUACAAUAUGAAGUUACUAGUUCUUAGAUGCAGAAUGUAUGUAAUAAAAUGAGCUUGGCCUCUCAUGGCGAUCCAGAA